UUUUGCCGGAUUAAACUGAGAAUGGACCCAACUAGUAUGAUCUAAACCUUGGACUAUGAUGAAUAAAAAAGUUAUAGUAUAAGUUUUCAAAAUCGUUUACCAGUUUAAAUUCACAAAUCAAAAAGUAUUAUGUUCUACAUUUACAUCAAUUACUAUUAGCCCAAUAAUAAAUGGGCUUUUUGUAAUCACAUAUGGUCUGGCAUUCCUUCUCUACUUCUGACUCUUGACUGUAUAUAUAUCACAGAUGCAUGGUUUCCAAACUCUUUCGUAAUUACUAAAGCACGAGACAGGAAAAAAGUUGAAGAUCGAAUGAAGAACAAUGGUGAUUGUACUGUUGAUUUAUCAACAUCUCAAGUAGUAAAAACCAAAGAUGAUAUAGAGACAGAGGGAAAUUCUUACUUAGGGCAAUAUUUCUCUGGUAAAUUGACGAUUGAUGCAAUGAUUCAAACGAUGACUGGGCUCAGGCAAUCUUCUAACCAGAGGGAACGGUCGAUAUUUGAGUGCAUGAUUGCGAACUAUUUUGAAGAAUACAAGUUUUUCAACAGAUACCCUGACAGACAACUUCGACUGGCUGCACUGCUCUUAGGAUCGCUUAUUAAGAAUCACCUUCUGACCCAUUUGCCUCUUGGUAUUGCCUUGCGACAGGUUCUAGAUGCAUCGCGUAAACCUGUGGAUUCUAAAAUGUAUAGCUUUGGCAUAACGGCACUGGAACAGUUUACAGAACGUCUUAAGGAGUGGCCUAUGUACUGCAAACAUAUAUUAAAAAUAUCACAUCUGCGUGUCACUCAUUCAGAGCUUGUUUCUUUUGUCGAAAUAACACUUGCCGGAGAUACAUCACAUUCCCUCCCUGCUAACCAACACAAUAGUCCUGUCUCACAACCAAACAAUGAGCCAGAGACAAUGGCACCGCCGACAGUAAUUCCUUCUGGAAGCUUUUGACAGAUGUUGGAGAUAAGAUUUGAUCAUAUUAUUAUCAUAUUUAAAGAAGUUUCAUAUAAUCAUAUUUUCACUAUCAUUUUGUUUGUUGGUAUGAGAUUGUACGUAUUGACAGACUUAUGGAAAAUUCAUAUAAUUAAUGAUCUCAUUUGG